AGAGAGAUGAUCGAAUACUAAAGUACUUACCUCCAUCUGGCUGCUGUGCAGUCUGUCUUUUAGGGAUAAUCCACAUCAAAGACCUCAGUUGUGCUACAAAUUGGCCAAAUGGAUAAAAGAAAGAAAGCAGCUUCUCCCGAGCUGAGGCUAAUGGUGGUCGGCAGCAGUGGACCAUCUCAGUUCCUGCUAACCAAUGUCAUCCUUGGGAGAGAAGAGUUCUCCAGGGAUGUCACCAGCAUUUCUGGAAGUAGAAAGAACACUGGGGAACUGGCUGGUAGACGACUGGCUGUGAUCAACGGACCAAACAUUUACAAUGAGGAUAUUUCUAAAACCAAGAGGACGAUAGAGCUGAGAAGGUCGAAGUGUUUGUGUAUCCCUGGUCCUCAUGCUUUUCUUGUUGCCUUUGACAUGGAGAAAAUCUCCCCAAAUGACAUGAACACACCCAAGCUGAUGAUGAAGCGUUUUGGAAGGAAGUGUCUAAGGCAUUGCAUAGUCUUCCUGGCCUAUGAAGGGAAUCUGGAUGGUGCUACCAUGGAGGACAGAGUGCUGAAGACCUCCUGGCAUCUAAGAGAAUUGAUUGAGAAGUUUGGUGGACAAUUUCAUGUUUUCAGGACGAACUGGCAAGAUCGCAGUCGGGACAGAGAGCUGCUGCAGAAAAUCGAGUGGCUGGUGGCCUCCUUAGGAGGAUGUGCUUUUUCUAGUAGAACAUUCCAGAAGGCAGAGGACAGUGUACAAAAAGAAGAAAAAAGGCUGAAGAAGCUCAUGGCAGCAGAAAUGGGGAAGGCAUGGAAUGAGCUGGGGCAGCAGUAUGUAGGGGAUGAGUUGCAUGGACAGAAGGAUGCCUACAGCAUCAGGGUUGCAGCAGAGAUCACAGCAAAAGCAGAGAUAGACAAUAGCUGGCUCAGGUCAUCGUUGGCCAGAGGUUUGGGGACAGGUCUCGCUGUGGGAGCUGUCGUUGGUGCACUGGUCGGGUCCAUAGAAGGACCCGGGGGGAUGGUUCUUUUUGGGAUCAUAGGUGGUGCAGUAGGCGGCUCAGCAGGAGGAACAGCUCAGGUAGCUAUAAAUCAUAUGGACAACAGAGUGGCCCCUCCUGCAAGACUCAACUUCAACUCCAUUUUCAUCAACCGCUUCUUCGUUGCUCCUCGCCCUUGAUCAUAUGACAAUCUGCAUUUCGGUAACAACUCACCAUCUGACAGCAGAUGUUUAAAGAUGCCUCACAUUCACUCGUUGCAUUGUUGGGAACUAUGCUGCACGACUCAAACCUGCAUAUAUGAAAGAUUUAAAGUUCAGCAUCUUGUUCAAAAACGUCUGGAUAUGUGGGCAGGAGUACCUGGGAAUCCAAACAGCAACUUUUACAAUCACCAACACCUUAA